AGUUGAAAUUGCGGCCUCGCGCCAUUUCGCUCGCAGGGGAGUUGAAAUUGCGGCCUCGCGUUAUUUCGCCGUUGUCUCCGCGUGGCUGAAGUUCGUAUCCAACGACCCACGCAAAAAAAAAACCCCAUCUCGACAUGUAUGAUGUAAGGGACAUAUCUUCUUGUUAGCUCCGUAUUCACAUAAAUUCACACGGUUUAAAUGGACGUGACCUAGAAAUACAACUGCUGGCUUGUUUUCGUUACCCGCUGCAUAAACAUCGUGGAUGCAGUCGGUGCAGUGAAAUGCAAACAGAGAAAGGCUUUUACAUACUUUCGAUAUUGUUCAACGGAUCAUCAGUAAUGAUGCGCACCAGCGUUCCAAACCAAACGAGGCGAAACCCCAUACGGAAUCUGUAUGAGCUGUAUUGGUUUUGUAGCUUGAUUUCUUAGACUAUUGCUAUAUCGUUCCACAUUGUGAGAUGCGUACUUCGUACAUGAUUGAGACCUAAACAAGCCAGCAAGUACAUGCAGCAACUGAGGGAAUUUCACUGCUGGCAAUAACAUGGACGGUUCAAGAUGGACGGUUCAAGUCUCCCCGUCGCCAUUUUGGUUCUCCGGACAUGUUUCAUCGGCAUCGUUGCCACACUCAUCCUGGCCGGCAACGCCCUGUCAAUCACCGUGACCCGCCUGAUGACCGAGCUGUCUAGCAGCACACGGAUCUUGAUGACAUCCCUGGCGGUAGUGGACCUGCUCACCGGACUGACCGUCAUACCGAGCAUCGUCGCGUCGGCACAGGACGCCUGGACGUUCGGCUACCCGGCCUGCGUGGCGCAAGGCUUUGUGGCCAACUGGCUGUACUUAGAAUCAGCCAUGCUCGUCAUCCUCCUGAACGUUCAGCGGUACAUUGCCAUAGUCAGGCCGCUUAGAUACCGCACUCUAUGCACUCCUAGGAGGGUGGUCUUUACUAUAGUGAUUCCGACUGUGCUCAUCGUUUCCGUCAGCUUGAUCGAAGAGUUCGUUCUCGGGACCACCAUUGCUUACUCCAGUGAAAGGGUCUUCUGUACGUUAGACCUCACCAAGCUGAACCUUCCCCUUCAGAUUGUAGUGUUUUUCCUCUGCUGUUUGAUACCUCUGGCUGCGAUGGUGUUCAUGCAGGUGCGGAUCGGUAUCAUCAUGCGACGGCAGGCACGAGCGGUUUGCCCCGACGACAUGUCAGGGAGAUGGGUGGGCCGAAUCCGAUUCAACCCUCGCAAGACCGAGAGGCGAACCACUCGGCUGUUCCUGGUCGUGACACUUGUCUUUACCCUCGUCUGGGUGCCCUCCCAGAUCUUCUACGUGUACGCCGCUUUUGCCACCGCCACGCCCAUCCCGGGAUGGGUGCAGUUUGCCAUCACGUGGCUGUGCAUGUGUAACAGUUUCGUCAAUGUAUUCGUCUACUGUUUGUUUCUCGGCAACUUUCGUCGUGUUGCGGCCAGGUCUGCGCGGUGCGGGCAAUGCGGCUCCCGCGUCGCAGCUACUCCUUCAGCGUCAGAAAUCUCACACAGAUAGAAACUACACAGCUCUAAGAACAGUGAAAUUCGCAACAUCGUAUUUACUUCACUCGUCUAAUAUCAAAUAUUACAUUGGAAAAGCGACAACCGGUCUUGAAAAUGAUAACAUGUUGAUGUUGAGCAAAGUGCCACCGCAGAUCCCCGGGACGAACGCAGUUCAGUGGCAUGUCGAUAAUUAACACGGAUUUUAAAAUUGUCCGGAGCAACAAAACAGCCACCAAAAACACAAGGAUGCUCUGUAACAACAAUCUUUCCCGGCAUUGCUCAUUGUAAUGCAUGUGGGACAUUUAAGUGUGCCACUUAGUGGA